CCCAAACAUCUUGUUUUCAAAUGGACGACCCGUAGUUUAUAAAUUGACCCAAGACCCAUAUAUCGGAUCUCAUGGCUUUAGAACAAAAAAUGGCCCACUGCUUUGCUCAGUAAUAACGCUCGUGAGUCGUGAGAGAGAGCACCUUCUAACGGUCAUUUCUUCUUCAAGAACACAAAGCACUAAGGAGAGCACAAUGCAGGAGACCUUUUACUCCAAAACCCAAACCCACCUGUCACAUAAAUUCUUUCUUUCAUACCCAAUUGCUGAAAUGAAUACUUCCCUUUCUAACACCAAUAUCUUUGCACCGAAAUUGUCUUUUAUUAGCUCAUCGCUUUUCCUUUUGCAUCGAACCCAGAUACAAAACCCAAUUAUCUGUGCAAGAAAGGCCCAACAACCAGUUAUAUGUGCAAGAAAAAAAAGAAGAAGAAAUGGGUCUCAAAGAUUAACAAGGUACGCACUCGAAUUGAUAUCAAUCAUGGCCUCAAAAAUCAACAUUUUACCACAGCCGUUAGAUUUGGUUAUUGGGGAAAUCGGCUGCGGAGAUGGAAAUGGAGCGGGUGUGUGGCUUUGGAAGGUGUUUGGAGGAGGAGGAUUUGAUGGGUGGAGAAGGAAAGGGAAGAUAAAAAUGUUGCUCCUUGGGUUGUUGCUCAUUUUUGGUUUGGGUUUGUUGUUUGGGAAAGAGUUAGAGCGCAAUGUGCUUUGUGGGUGUUUGGGUAUUGGGCUACUUGAUGUUGUUUUGAUUCAGUGGUGGGGAAAGAGAAGAAGUAAAGAUUGGGUUUUGGGGUUCUGUGUAGGCGGGGUUUUGAUGGGUUUUGGGUUAAGGAGGGAGCAGAUGCAAAAAUGGGUCGAAAGGGUCAGGGUUUGUCAUCCAAUGAUGGAGGUUGGCAGAAGAAGAAGACGUAAAGGUGGUAGAUCAUUGUAAAAGAGCUCUAUAAAACAAAUAUGGAGUUAUUUUUCUUUUCUGGAUUGUCAUUGUUUAGUCUUUUUUCUUAUCAUAGACAGUGAAAAGAUGAUUCAUUUAAUUCUGUAUGCUUUUUCU